AUGGAGGCAGCAGGAGCGCUCGCGAGUUUGGCCCCGUCGCCCAUCACCGUGCUGGGUCUGAUACCACUCCUGGCAUUAGGGAUCACGUACUUCAGAUACCAGCAGUUCGACCCAGAGUCUCAUAUAACGGAUGUCAAUGCUAUGUUGUCGAUAUACGAUUUCGUGAUAGUGGGCGGCGGAUCGGCGGGUGCCGUGGUAGCGUCGCGCCUCUCCGAGGUAGGAAACUGGACGGUACUACUCUUGGAGGCGGGCCAGGAUGAGACCGAGAUCUCCGACGUGCCCGCCCUGGCCGGCUACACGCAGCUCUCCGAGAUGGACUGGCAGUACCAAACCACGCCCUCGGCUAACCGCUCCUACUGCCUCGCUAUGAACGGCGACCGUUGCAACUGGCCUAGAGGCAAGGUCCUCGGCGGAUGCAGCGUCCUCAACGCCAUGGUAUACGUGCGGGGCAAUCGCAACGACUACGAUCUUUGGGAGGCGCUCGGUAAUCCUGGCUGGUCCUACGACCAGGUGCUUCCUUAUUUCAUGAAAUCUGAGGACAAUCGGAACCCAUAUCUCGUCAAUACGCCCUACCACGCCGCUGGAGGCUAUCUAACGGUUCAAGAGGCUCCGUGGCGCUCGCCACUUUCGGUGACAUUUCUGAAGGGCGGCAUGGAACUUGGAUACGAGAACAGAGACAUAAAUGGGGCGAAGCAGACUGGAUUCAUGCUAACACAGGCGACCAUGCGGCGCGGCAGUCGGUGCAGCACGGCCAAGGCCUUCUUACGGCCUAUACGGAAUCGAGAAAAUCUUCAUAUCGCCCUCGGAGCACAGGUUACCAGGAUACUAAUCAAUCCGGUUAAAAAACAGGCUUACGGUGUCGAGUUUAUAAGAAACGGACAAAAGCAAAAGGUAAGGAUCAAGCGAGAAGUCAUCAUGUCAGCUGGUUCAUUGUCCACGCCCAAAUUGAUGAUGCUUAGCGGAGUGGGACCAGCGAGCCAUUUGAAGGAGCACGGUAUUCCUGUCAUCGCAGAUCUAAAAGUUGGCCACAAUUUGCAGGAUCACGUUGGGCUUGGAGGUCUAACAUUCGUCGUUAACAAACCUGUCACGUUUAAAAAGGAUCGAUUCCAAACAUUCGCUGUUGCUAUGAAUUAUAUACUCUAUGAAAAGGGACCAAUGACCACCCAAGGCGUCGAAGGCCUGGCUUUUGUCAACACAAAGUAUGCUCCAAGUUCGGGCAACUGGCCCGACAUUCAGUUCCACUUCGCGCCGAGCUCCGUCAACUCCGACGGCGGCGAACAAAUUCGCAGGAUUCUGAAUUUACGGGAUCGAGUAUACAACACUGUUUACAAACCGAUCGAACAAGCAGAGACAUGGACCAUUCUCCCCCUACUGCUUCGUCCAAAGAGCUCCGGGUGGGUUAAGUUGAGAAGUCGCAAUCCGUUUCAUCCGCCUGACAUAGUGCCCAACUACUUUGCAUACAAGGAAGACAUUAAAGUAUUAAUAGAAGGCAUAAAGAUAGCCAUGGCUCUGUCAAAUACGACGGCGUUUCAAAGGUACGGGUCGAGGCCCCACAACAUUCCUAUGCCGGGCUGUCAACACCACGUGUUGUUCAGUGACGAAUACUGGGAGUGUUCACUGAAACAUUUCACGUUCACGAUAUACCAUCCGACAGGCACUUGUAAAAUGGGGCCAAAGACGGACCCUGGAGCGGUGGUGGAUCCAAGGUUGCGAGUCCACGGCGUGGCCAACCUGAGAGUAGUGGAUGCGAGUGUCAUGCCGACCAUCAUAAGCGGCAACCCGAACGCACCAGUAAUAAUGAUAGCCGAAAAAGCCUCGGACAUGAUCAAGGAGGACUGGCUUGUGUUAUGACAGUGUUUAGUGUUUAUAGCAGUGGUUACAAUUGUGAAUAAACUAAAAUACUCAGCUCAGUCAUGGAAUUUUUUGUGUUACUUUGCUUUUAGAGCGUAAGACUUUUCGAUAAGUUUGUAAAUAGUUUCAUUUGUAACUAAGAAAUAAGAAAGCGAUGUGGUAUUUUAUUAUGCUAAAGAUUAUGUAUGUCAAUGAUAAGGAUAAUAAAAAAGUUCAAGAUAACUGUCUCACUCUUUGUAAUCUCGGUACCUUUCUAUUCUGCCUAUUUUCUACCAGUGAUCUUUCAAAUAAAUGAUCUAAGUAAUAACAAUAAAUAAGAUAGCAUAAUUAUAUAAAACUAUCCUAAUUAAUUCCAAUUCAAUCGAAUUCUUUAUUUAUAAAUGAAUAAUCCCAUAAUUCCCUAUGAAAAUACUAUUUAGUAGCAAAUAAAACACAAGUGUGUCUUUCUUCGUUAGCAAAGAUAUACAAAAAUUAUAUAAUCGUAAGUUUUUGACACCCAGUAUUUGACCCCCGAAUAAGCGAAAGGGAACAAAAUAAAAGGUAAAAAAGUAAAAACACAAAAUUGGUGAAAAGCAUCACAAAUAUAUCUUUCCCAAAUAUUAAAAAUAGCUUACAGUCUGCGGUUUAACUAUUUUGUUUUCAUUGUAUUUAAAAUUUUAUAAGAUGGAACUUAAUUAUUUGUUUUAAUUUAUUGUUAUUAUUUGUUGUUAUGGCGACACACUCUUGAGAAAAUUUCAACUAACCUAACGAUUAUUGAUUCCGCACGCGACAGUCAGCUUAAGCUUAGUACCUAAAUACUCUAAUAUACCCUAUAUAUCUUAUUCGGGUACGGAACCCUAACAAUGACGUACACCACCUGGAAGCCGAGCAAGGGGAAUUCUUAGCUGUUCAUUUAAAAGUGUCACGAAGUAACGUGACGUCUAUCCCUGAGGAAAAUAGGUACACUAACGAAGAAAUUAGAGGUGAAAUUUAAUCUCGACGGACCGCAAUAAAGGUAAUACAAUAAAGAGAAACUCGACCUCAGGACGUGGUUUACAUUUUAUUUGGUUUACAAAUCGACGAGUCUCAUGGCGCUUGGUUUCUUUAUUUGUAACCGUCUUUUCUUGUAGAAAAUAGAAAAACAAAAAGAACUUGAAUUGAGGAAUAAUGUGAGACAAAGGCAAAGAAAAGGCGUAGGUAAUGAAAA